AUGACAAAAAAGCAAUUUGUAGGCGCAAUUGAUCAAGGUACUACAUCUACACGAUUUGUUAUAUUUGAUGAAAAUGGAAAAAUGUUGACUUACCAUCAAAUGGAAUUUGAGCAGCAUUAUUUACAUCCAGGAUGGGUGGAACAUGAUCCUUAUGAUAUCCUGGCCUCUGUUGAUACUUGUAUAGAACAUGCUAUAAGAAAGCUUUCCAUAUUGGGUUAUGAUGCGUCCUCAAUUUCUUGUGUUGGUAUUACAAAUCAACGGGAGACCACAGUGGCCUGGGACAGUGAGACAGGGCAGCCCCUAUGUCCUGCUAUCGUUUGGAGCGAUGGUAGAACAGCAAAAACUGUACAAGAACUAGCCUCACAGAAGCAUUUACCAAAAGAAAGGCAGGGAGUGGAUGCACUCAGAGGGAUCUGUGGUUUGCCAAUUACCACGUAUUUUUCUGCUGUGAAAUUAAAAUGGAUGCUUGAUCAUGUGCCUGAAGUGAAGCAAGCGCAUGAUCAAAACAGAUUACAGUUUGGAACAAUUGAUACCUGGCUUAUAUACAACUUAACUGGUGGCGUAGAAAAUAACGGUGCUCUAGUCACUGAUGUGACAAAUGCAAGUAGAACCAUGUUGAUGGAUAUUAACACGCUUCAAUGGAGCAAUGAAGCAAUCAACUUCUUUGGAUUUAAAGGAAUCAAAUUAGCAAAAAUUGUUCCUUCUUCAAGUAUUUAUGGCAAGAUACACAGUGGUUCAUUAAAGGGUGUUCCAAUUGCUGGAUGCUUAGGGGAUCAACAAAGUGCACUGGUGGGACAAAAGUGUUUCCAUGUUGGUGAUGCUAAAAACACCUAUGGCACGGGUUGUUUCAUGCUCUUCAAUACUGGAGAAUCUCCUGUUUUAUCAAGAAAUGGCUUAUUGACCACAGUAGCUUAUCAAUUUGGCAACGACAAACCUAGUUAUGCGCUUGAAGGGUCUGUUGCUGUAGCCGGAUCAUCUAUACAAUGGCUACGUGACAGUCUAGGCAUCAUUGAUGAAAGUAAAGAGAUUAGUUCAUUAGCUGAAAAGGUAGAGGAUACAGCAGGGGUUUACUUUGUUACCGCUUUCACUGGGCUGUUUGCACCUUACUGGCGAGAUGAUGCUCGUGGUACAAUCUGUGGCUUGACACAAUUUACAAAACGAGAGCACAUUGCACGUGCAACUUUGGAGGCUGUCUGCUACCAGUCGCGAGCGAUUCUGGAGGCUAUGAACAAGGAUUCAAAAACGCCUCUGCGAUCGCUUAAAGUGGAUGGUGGUGUAUCAAAUUCAGAUAUAUGUAUGCAAAUUCAAGCGGACAUAUUGAAUAUUGAAGUCGAUCGACCACAGAUGAGGGAGACUACUGCUUUGGGUGCUGCAAUAGCAGCAGGUAUUGCUACUGGUGUCUGGAAGAACAUAGAUGAAGUACACAAGGUAAAUACUGAAGGAAGAACUGUGUUCAAACCAAGGAUCUCUGAGAAACAAAGAAACAAAAUGUAUACUGGAUGGAAAGAGGCAGUGACGCGAUCCCUUGGCUGGGCUAAUGUAGUCAGUGGUAUACUUGAUGAAGAGGUGUAA